GCUCAUCCGAAGCGUGCCGGGGUUCCUUUCUCCCCCUCCCUCCUUGCCUCUCUGUCCAUAUAUCCCAGGCUGCCUCCAGCCAGCCUUUGCCCACUCGUCUCGCUGGUCCUGAGCAGACAAAGGUGCAGGGCGUUUCUGAGAAUGAACACCUUCUCUGAGACAGCAUGGCUCUGCCUGGCUGUCCCCGCAGCGCUGGGAGGAAUAGUUCUUUACAAACUCAAGAAGAGCCCGGGGCAGGUGGGGAGGAAGGUGGUCUGCCUGGCGGGCCUCUGGGCAGGGGCUUACCUGCUCAGCCUGUCCCUCUUCUGGGGCUGGGUCCUCUUCCCCCUGUCCUGUUUCCUCAUGUGUGCUUGCUUAUCUGGCCACGAGUUUUUACCUGUGGAUCAAAAGGCGGUGCUGAUCACAGGUGGUGAUUCUGGAUUUGGCCAUGCCCUGUCCAAAUAUCUGGAUGAGCUUGGCUUCACGGUAUUUGUCGGAGUUCUGAAUGAAAAGGGACCAGGAGCAGAGGAACUGCGAAGAACCUGCUCCAAGCGCGUCUCCGUGCUCCAGAUGGACAUCACCAACCCGCAGCAGAUAAAAGACGCCCACAGCAAAGUGGUGGAAAAGGUGCAGAACAGAGGACUGUGGGCUGUGGUCAACAAUGCUGGGAUCAUUGGCUUACCAGCGGACGGGGAGCUCAUUCCCAUGACUAACUACAAACAAUGCAUGGCCGUGAACUUCUUUGGGGCCGUGGAGGUCACAAAGGCAUUUUUGCCUCUUCUUAGAAAAUCCAAGGGGAGGCUGGUGAACAUCAGCAGCAUGGCAGGAGGGGUCCCAUUGGAGAAGCUGGCAGCCUAUAGCUCAUCCAAGGCAGCUCUGACCAUGUUUUCAGCAGUGAUGAGACAAGAGCUUUCCAAAUGGGGAGUUAAAGUCUCUGUCAUCCAGCCUGGAGGCUUCAAAACAAGUAUCGCGGGCACGAGUGAAAUGUGGAACAAGCUGGAACAGGACAUCCUGGACAACCUUACCCCCGAAGUGCUAGAGGACUAUGGGCAGGACUAUAUCCUUGAGCAACGGGAUUAUCUCAAGUUCAUCAGCAGGUGUACCAACACUGAUAUGUCCCCUGUGCUCCUGGACAUCCGGCAUGCCGUGUCUGCUAAGAGCCCCUUUGCCUUUUACUCGCCAGGGCCGAUGGCUUAUCCAAUGCUCUGCUUUGUUUCAUUUAGUCCUACUGGCAUAUUUGAUUAUUUUAGCAAAAAGUUGUAUCACUUUAGAGGGAGCAUGCCCAAGGCGCUAACUAAGCAGGCCUAACUGAAGAACAAGGCAUGUAGGCAAAUAUGUGAGGAGUGUUAGUCUUGGAAUGAAAGUGAAACCUGAACUUCCCAUUAAAGUUGUGGUUUCCUACCUUGUAUUUCCUGUGAAGUCUGUUGGUUGAAUAGGAAUUAAUGCUGAGAAGGCUGGUGGCUAGAAAUGACCCCCAUGACAAAUGUGAAUUGAGGGUCAGCCUGCUCUGCACACAUACAUUUCAGAUAUUCUCUCAUCUAGUUCUCAUUAGAGAACCAUGGUAGGUAUCUUCACCCCUACUUAACAGGUAAGGGAAUGAAGGAUCAGAGAAGUUAAGUUGCCCAUUCAUUGUCACACAGCUAGCAAAAGGCAGUUCAAAUUGAAAUCCAGGCUGGAUCCCACUGCCUGCCAGAGGAGGAAGACAAAGAGAUGACAGGAAAAAUGAGAUAGAGAAGGGAAAAAGAGGAAGAACUGGCAAGGAUCAUAGUCAAAUGGAGUUUUUCUCGCUGUGAAUAGACAGCCUGCUGUAACUACUGUAUUCAAGGUACUGGUUCAAGUGUGUAAUCAGUGCUCUGUGCACCUCCUCUCCCUUCCUCUGUCUGGAGCCCUGGAGAAAAUAGGAUGAGGUUUCCCAUCUCAAGCAGGCCCCAGUGGCCUUUUGGCAGACCCAGGGCAUGUGAAUGGCUGAUUUAGUGUCCAUAGUAACUAUCACUUUCACCUUCCUCUGAGCAUCCCAGGCUGGAAAACCAGCAUCAUUACCUAGAGAAAUCAGCCAAAGGGAGCAAGCUCAGAUACUAAGAGAGGUGGGGGUCAAGUUCACCUGCAGGGGGCAAAAGGGGAGGAGCUGGUGAACAGAAGGGACAUAAAAGGAGCUAGAAAAAAUAGCAGCUUGACAUGAGGGAAGCAGAAGUCCAGACAUUAUUCAUUGCAAACCUCUCUUUGUCCCGUUUUCUGUCUAGAAUGUGAAGUUUCUUUCUCUAUUUUCCAACCUCCUGGAGAUUUUAGGAGGAUAAACUCACAAUGCUCUGCAAUUUCCCCCCAAAAUAAAAUAAUAAAUAACAAGAUAGUGAGAUAAACAGUUAUGAAAUUAUUAAUCUGAUAAAUUUUUAAUGGCUA